GCUAUGAUGUAUUGCUGCGAAAUAAUUAACAUUUGCUGGUAUUGUAUGUGUGUGUGCGUACAGUUCUACAGCGUGAGAGAAGCGAUUUAAAAUACGAAGCGUACGAACAAUUUCAUUGCUAAUAUCGAUGAAAUGAAAAUAGAAGGGGGCCAGUUUGCAACCGUACGCGCGAGGUUAUUUUUUGUAUCUAGUUGGCCGUGUUGUAUAUGCGUGUGCGUAUGUGUUUGUUUUAUAAUACGAAAGGUUAGAAAAAAAAACCCUGUUACGCUCGUACCGCUCUCCCGUGAGAGCAAAGUGCGAGAAAGAGAUGGAAACAGGGUAUAAUUUCUCAUCGCGUACGCACCCACACACUGACACGCAUACACUCGGAGGAGGCAAGUCGCGAUCGACCUUCUUCGAAUUGGCGCAGCGAGUUUUUCCCUUUCCCUUGUUCACGCUACCCUUCCUCGGCCGUACCCUCCGUUACCGUUUGCUUCACCUGCUGUUUGCUUGCUGGCCCUGUACUCUUGUGUACACCUCUGAAUUUGAAUUCCAUUCGCGAUGGCGAACGAGCACACGCGCGCUCUGCUGGCUCGAUGACGACAAGCAAAGCGAUGUAGCUGAUGUUGACGGACGGUGCUGGUGGUGGUGGUGGUAGUAGAUUGUUCAUCGAUUUGUGUACCACUUUCUAUCUAAUAGGUGUGUGUUUAGUGACAGCGAGAGCAGAAAGCAUCAGCAGUAGCAGCAGCAGUAGCAGCGCGACAGCAGACUUCACGCGGAUCGAUCAACGUCUAGCACAAGGGAGAAGCAUGUGUGCUUUUAAAUGGUGUGUGCUUUCUGCGUCAAAGCGUAUGCUCCGACGGUGUGCCAAAACGAUCGGAAAAGUGAAGCAAUAGCAAUAGUGCAAUAGUGCAACGAUUUUCUCCUACUACCGAUCCGAAGUUGCCCGUAUAAACGGUGUAUAACGUGGAAGAAAAUGCUUCAACGCGUGCAAGUGCAUUGAUCGUUGAAGAAAACCCUCCUGCAAAAGCGACAAAGCGAAGUAGGCGUAUGCGUGCCGAGUUGUUCAGCGAGAAGAGAAUUUGUAACAAACAACACACACAAAAAAAACGGAUGAUCGAGUUUGAACCACACAGCACAGUCGUCGAAGAGCAGCAAUCGGUGAACAUUCGGUAAAUGCACACACCACUACUGUGUACCGCUGUUACUACUACCAACACAACCACACACAGUUAAACAAUUAUUCGCCCUUAAUCGCUGUCGCCGUCGCUUGGGUGUGUUGUUUGGGUGUGUGCGUGUACUGCUCGUGCCCGCGAUAGAGGGAAUGUGUGUAGAAGUGUGUGUAAUGUGAGUGCUGAUCGGGGGCACACACACUCGACGAGACUAAACCUCACCGUUCACUGUUCAGUUUUCAUCGGUUAACGCAGCGAGCUAAAACCGCCCGUAGGCGCACAUCAUCAUCCGUCUGCCUGUCAUGGAUUGCGAAAGUGUGUGCUUGCGAAGAAGGUUUCACUUCCAGCAGUAGAGCAGCGUCAAAUACAACAAAACAAGGAUACCUUUCUUUGUCGGUUAGAUUGUGCAAAAAAAAAAAGAAACGUGAAUUUUCUUUCACGACGGUAUGGCGUUGUCCUAUCGAAUGUGGUGUUAAAAAUUAAAUCGUGUGUGAAAAUUACACAAGUGUCAUCCAGUGUGUGUAAAUGUAUAUUUUAAUUUAUUCAUUAUAAAAAAGUGAUACCGAGAGGUGGCACGCUCGGUGUGUGUGUGUGUAUAUGAUUGUGUAAAACGAAGCAGUGCGUGUAGGAAAAAGGAAAUAGUUAAAGCGAGCAAAGCAAGCAGGGCAAGGCGCGUUACGCUAGCCCACAAAGAGAAAGUGCAUUAAAAAAAAAGGUUGCAAUAGUGUAGAGAAAUUUGAAGAAAAAAUUGUUCGUUUACCUCUUCAGCGCCUACCCUUUUUAACGGUGGUAGUGUGUGCGUGAAAGGGAGAAAGAUAGAGAGAGAGAGCGAGUGAGAGCGAGUGGAAGAAGCAAAAGUUGUAUUGUGGGGGGAACCGUGCUCAGUUUAGUGCAAUUAAACGUACGUGUGGGUGCAUGUGUACGCUCGUGCGUGUGUGUGUGUGUUUGUGUGCAAAAUAAUAAGUGUACAAAUGUUGUUGUUUACGGUUUGCCUAAUGCAACAACGCGGCCACCGUGUUCGCAUGAUGCUGCUGCAAUCCGUGUUGCUGCACCAGUAAAGAGGAGGGGGUGGUGCAUCGUGAAGUAUGCACACGAAUCGACGGCACGAGCCAGCCUAGUGUAGAAGAGAGAAUAGAAAAAGAAAAGAAAAUAGAUAAAUUAUUGUACGGCCCAAAAAGCGGCAGAUAAAGCAAAAAAAAAAAGGUGAAAGAAAAUAGAUAAGAUUUUAUCUACGGUUUGUGCGUGUGUGUGUGUGUGUUUGUAUGUUGUGUGUCUUACUUAGUGUGCGCGGUGCUCGAUCGUGUGUACCCUGCCCUUCUGCACACACCACGCUCCGUUAAAAUCGCUUCGGCUUUUCUUCGGUCGCAAAAACCCACGCUUUUAAAUUACACCUGUUCGUCCGUAAGAAAAUGUACGUUACAACAAUACAAGCAUGACGCACCAGAAUCACCAAACUAACGGCGCCAGUUUGGAAGAUUGCCACACAAACUUCUUCGCUUUGACCGACCUAUGCGGUAUAAGAUGGCGUCAAUUGGUUCUCGGUGAGCGGCCAAAUGCGGCCGGCGAUCCGCUCGACGAUCCGGUCGUGCGCUCCUACUCAAAAUGUCUCGCCGUCGACAUACUGUGCGUAUGGCGAAGGGUGGUCGCACCCAAACCCAAACCAAAACCCGAACCGGACCCGAGCAACAUGUUCGACAUGAGCAUACCGGGCACCGGUAACAGUGGUUCCGUCGUCCAUCCGCCUCUCUCGCUGACCGCCGCUAAGGAGCUCUGGAUCUUCUGGUACGGCGAGGAACCGGACCUAACCGAUCUGGUUGCACCCGAGCUGCUCAACUCGUCCGAAACCGGCGACAAAGGCUCUUGGGAGAAUGGACUCUCGUACGAGUGUCGUUCAUUAUUAUUUAAGGCGUUACACAAUGUGAUCGAAAGAUGCCUAUUAUCGCGAGGAUUCGUACGAAUUGGCAGAUGGUUCGUUCAUCCCAGUUCGAACAGCGAGGGAGUGUUUGGCAAGAGCUCACAUCACGCAUCAUUUUCGUUCACGUUCUUUGUGCACGGUGACAGCACGGUGUGUACCUCGAUGGACAUCCGAGAACAUCCUCCGGUACGGUUGCUUACCAUGCGACAUCUCGAACAGGCGCAACAGGCACAACAAGCUGCCCCGAGUGCCGGCCCAAACGGUGGACCGGGCAGCCCUAACGCAGCGGGAGUCAACGGAGGUGGCUCGAUCAAUCCCGGAUCACCCGGUGGUACGGCUGCGGCUGGAAACGGAGGAGCUGCCAAUGCAUCGGCAACGAUCGCCUCGACGGAUGCUAGCGAACCGCGGGAGGUAAUACUAGCACCGUUCGGGCUAGCAGGUACACUAACGGGCCAAAGUUACAAAGCGAGCGAUCCGCACGUCCAGAAAAUGCUCGACGACUGGAGUGCGUUCUAUCCGAUCUCGAACAAACUCAGCGGUAUGGAAGAUGGCUCGGACAAUGUGCCUCCGAUGGUGGAGAUCCUCGUCGGGAAGUUAAAGAUGCGGUACCCCACAAAGUACGUGCUGGUCGCCGACAUGGACGAUUGGACGUCAGCGAACGACACGCGGAGCAAUAGUAGUAGUAAUAGUAAUAAUAGCACUAGCAGUAACAAUAGCAGCAGCAAUCAAACCGCAACACCGGUCACGGCGAUACCCUCCAUCGCAGCAUCCGUUCUCAGCCGUGCCAAUAACGCUAGCGAACGGUCCAGUGGCCCCAUCAACGCAACCAGCAAUCAACCGGCGGCGGGAAACAUCAGCAGCAACAGCAGUAAUCCUCCUACGGCACGCAACAAGGACACGCCGAACGAGAGCAGUUCGGUUGCGUUAUCACCCACCGGUACGCUGCGCCAGCGAAAUCACCACAAAUCCAUGAUGACCCCACCGCUUACGGUGCCGGAAUCGCCCUCGAACGAUCUCGGCAAUCCGCUCAGUAUGUCGUCGGCACUGAUCAACAAGUCGCCGGCCGUCAUUCUGCCGGAACGUGUCUGGCAGGACUGCAUAAUGCACGCGUCACCAUCACCUUCGCCGAUGUCUUCAUCGUCGGCGAACGGUAGCACAUCCGCUGCUAGCAAUGGAAGCCAAACGAUCAGCACGACACCCGGCAGCGGUGUUACAAUCAAAACGGAACCAAAGGAUACCGGCAGCAGUAGUAGUGGCAGCACCUCCAACACAGCGACCAGCAGCGGUGGUGGUGAUGAGAAUUCAUCCGGUGCUGCUAACGGAGUCGAUGCGAACGGCAACUCUUCCGUGUGGGAGAUUAGCGACCCAACGGUGAAAGUGUCCUGCUGCUGUAUCAAGUGUUGCAAGAGACCACCAUCUUCCUCGUCGUCCACAUCGACGUCCUCGUCGUCCGCUUCGUCCACGGCAAGUGGACGUGUUUCACAGCAUCAGCAGCAGCAGCAACAACACACGAUCGGUGCAGCAGUAAGCUCAUCAUGCUCGUUAAGCACAACAGGCAGUUUGGCAAAUCUGUACACCUCCAACCCAUCCCCUAAAUCCUCUUAUUCGAUCACUUACCCCGGUACUGGUGGUGGUGGUGGUAGUAACCGUGGUGAGAAGUCCACACACGGACAUCAGUAUCACCACUACCAUCACCAUCAUGGAGGCGGUGGUCAAUCGAUUAAGGAUCAUCACCAUCAUCACCAUCAUCAUCACCGUCCGCAAAGGAUCGCCUUCCAUAAGCGACCCCCGCAGGAGGCUCUCUUCCGUCCCGGUACCAAACCGAUGAGCUUAUCUGCUGCAGCCGUCGCCCUGGCUGCUGCUGUUGCUGCUGCCGCUGGGUCUUCCUCGACGGCCGCCAACGCCGCUGCCACUUCGCCUGGAGCCGUUUCUUCCGGUGACAGCGCAGCCGAUUCGCUCGAACUGGCCGACUCGUGCUUAAGGUCAAACCAAAACUGCGCCACCAACAGUAAUAGUGGGUCCGGUGGUACAAAUUCAACGGGUGCUGCAGCCGGCAGUACAACGCCUUACGGUGGACCGCCUUCCUACUGUCGCAACCCGAUGUCGAUCGGUGAAUCGCAUCCACUUCCAUCGGAAGGUUCACCGGCCAGUGCGGCACCAUCACCGAUGCAACCAUCGUCCGUAUCGCAACCAACCUCAGUACCAUCUGGUGAUCAGCUCAUCACAAUGUCUCCCCAUCCACCUGCCUCAAACAAUCCGCGCAGCGUACAGCCGGGUACGCCCUGCUUGGAUCAUCUGGACAAGAACACACCGGCACCGACACCGACGGAUCAGCACGAUAGCAAAAGUAUCAAUGCCUCACCGUAUCAUACACCGUCCCAUCCGGGCGGUGGCGGUGGUGGUGGUUCGACUGGCUCGUCAGGAAAUGGUAACUCCACCGAAGCGCAGCAGCAACAGCAACAAUCGCAAAGCAACUCGAAUAUGGGAAAUUCGUCUAGCAGUAGUAGCAGUGGCAGCAACAGCUCCUCCAACAGUAGCUCUCUAAACGCGCUCAAGACAUCACCCCGCAGUGGUACACUAUCGUCCGGCAUCGGUAGCCUUAAGGUGCGUUCCGAGUCAUCGCUCGGUGCCGGUAGUUCGAUCGGCAGUGGUGGCGGUGUACCGAUGACGCCAAGCAUCCACAGCGUGUACAGUUCCGCUCACCAAACGGCAAUGGCAAACAAUUUGGCGAGCAAGCGGGAAUCGAUACUGCAAAUGCUACAAUCGCUAAAGCGACCGUCACUGUUCUGCAAGGACUACGAGACGUUGCAGAGUGAGGAUAUACCCAGCACCUCGCAGCUACUGUACGAUUAUACGUGCGUUGAUGCAUGGAUGAAUCAUCCCGUAAAGCGGAUGAGGCUCGCGAUGGAGGAAAAUCGUCUUGUGAAAAAGAUACGGAAUCUCGAUCUGUACGCGAACGAGCAUAGCCGCACGAUGACGACCAGCUUUGGCGUUAGUGGUGCGGGAAUGCCUGGAAGUAACAGUGUUGCCAACGCCGUCGGUGCCAAUGGAAUGCUAAUGAAGGGCGUUGCAACGGGCGAUUCGUCCGAUUCACUAGCGGAAACGCUCGGUGGUCAUAAUGGUGGUGGUGGCGGCGGCGGAGUUGGUGCCUGUGAUAAUGGCACCUCAAACAAUGGCAGCUGUCAACCGUUACUUGGACAUGGACAGAUCAAGAUGGAGCUCGGAUGUGACGGCAGUGGUGGUGGUCGUGACGGUGCAGGGACCGGCGUUGCUGGUAGUGGUAUGGGAGGUGCCAACGGAACACCCGACCGCAAUGGACCAUCGUCCGGCAAUGGAGACGGUGCGCUGCUCGGUGAGCAUGAAAUCAAGAAAGAGAAGGAAGAAAAGGGUUCGAACUUUUUAACGGAUCAAGAUCUGCAACCAUCUAUAGACGAUCUGAAUCAGAUAUUCGAUGAUGGUGGACCAUUUAAUGAUGAUCCCGAUCUACACAACACACCACCCGGGUCGAACAAAAGCUGCAGCGGUAGUGGUGGUUUCUCGGAGGAAGGUAAACGCUUCCCAAGCUCGAACCAUCACUCGGUUAACAGUGGCAUGUUAAGCCCGAAGGAACUAUCGCAAAUGUUCCCAACACCGCCGAGUAUCGAUCCACACCCGAACUCCAGUCCCGGUGGUGGUGGAUGUCUUUCGGAUGGUGGAAUUGCAAUCGAUACGCUGGUCGAUCUGCAAAUGUCACUUUCGUCGGGUGCUGGGAGUGGACCGGGCUCUGGUUCGAACCUACCCAACCUGGGAAGUCCCCAGGAGGAACCGAUCGAUGAUUGGUCGUUCGUGUUUUUGCCACCACCAAUCUGUCCGUACGUGGGCUCGUCCAAGUAUGCACCACUGCCGAGCUUACCGAGCCAGCUUAUAAUACCACAAAUCCCGACAAGCACCUGUACCGGUCUGGUGUACAAAUCGACCCGCCAGAAGCAAAAAGAACAAGCAGCUGCGGAACGGGAAAAGCAAAAGUUACGCGAACAGGCAGAACGGGAUCGAGAGCAGCAACAGCAGCUGCAACAGGACCAACAGCAGAAUAGUCAGUCGGAUAACAAUAAUGCUUCGAGUACCGGUGCAAGUGGUACCACAUCCGGUAUUGGUGGUAUUGGUGGUUCUGCCGGUGGUCUUGGAUUGGGAUUGCUUCCAAUUAUUAAGCAAGAGCUGGGUAACCUGACCAUCCCGCAACCGUUGAGCACACCAAACUCGCUGCUCGGUGGGCUAAACAAUCUGAACGGAUCGAUCAACCAUCCGUACUCGAACCCACCGUCACAGGGUGCUCAAUCGCAGCCCCACUCGAGACCACCGUCGGUGAAUUCGCUGCCCGGUGGCAUCAUCGGAAGUGGUGCAGGAAUGCUGAGUCCAUCGCCGGCCGGUGCCGGUGCGUCCGGUGGUCUUUUCCAUCCGGGCAUGGGUGGAAUACCGGUUCCACUGCGUCAGGGUAUGUCACCAAUAUCGCCCGCAACACCGGGCGGUUCAAUGCGCGUACCGACGCCGCAAGGAGGUUCGUGUCCACUUCCUUACCCAUCGCCACUAGGCGGAGCUGCCGCUGGCAGUCCCAACCCGAUGGGAUCACUUAACUUCCGUCGGACGACACCGUUGCUACCACCGCCACCGUACGAUGUAGCUAUCGCCAGUCCGGCCAAUUCCGUUGCAACGCCUUCCUCCUACCACAGCAAACAGUUCCCGCUCGAUGGCGUGGAUAACAGUGGUGGACCGGGUUCGAACCGUGGCCCCAUGACACCAUCCUCGACCGGUGGUGGACCACUCGGUUCAACCGUAAAUCAACCACUUUCGUCCACCGGUGGUGGUGUCGGAUGUGGAACUGGUGUCGGCACAAACGGUACAUCGGGUGGCCGCAGUACGAACAUCGAAACGAACGCACUGCUCGUGAACAUACUGCUGUACGAUACCGCACUGAACAUCUUCCGCGAUCACAACUUUAAAAGCUGUACGCUUUGUGUGUGUAAUGCCGGUACGAAGUGCGUCGGUAAUAUACGCGGUGCAGACAGUGGACUGUACCUUGCGCUGCCCGGUACGAACUGGAUGGAUUCCGUGACGGCACCGGCAGAAACGGCAGCUGGUGGUAGCGGAACCAGUGGAAAUGGUGGAGUUACGGGCGGUAGAAGUAAAGCGAGUGCGCUGGCACAUCUUGGCCUUAGCGGUGGUAGUAGCAGUAGUGCCUUCGGUGGUAUGUUAGGAUCACCGGCGAUUGGUUCAAGCAGCGACAAAACGAUCACAAUCAACACGGACAGUUUGCAGAAUGGUUAUCUGGAUGAGGAUCCGAUCGAUUGUCAGUGUGGUUUCAGUGCGGUGGUCAAUCGCCGAAUGGCCCACCGGGCGGGAUUAUUCUACGAGGAUGAAAUGGAAAUUACCGGCAUGGCGGAAGAUCCGGCUGUGCAUAAGAAAAGCUCGCUGUUCGAAUUUCUCAACGGAACUGCCAAAGCAAUCAAGAUGGAAGAAUCGGGAAGUGGUGGAUCGAAUGGAACGUUAGUGGCGACCGGGGGUGCUUCGGCAACAGGUGGCAACGGUAGUGAUAGUUUACCGCUGACGCUAAAAGUGAUGGACCUGCUAAGAGAGCAGUGUUCUGUGGUGCAAAGUUCAAGCAAUUCUAUUCACCGUGCGGUUAAUCGGUACCGUGGUGCACUGUUCGGUCGUGGAUUGGAAAGUAGUGCCGUUCAUCUGCUGGAGUAUGUUGACGCUAACGAUGUGAUCAGUUUGGCACUGGAGCAAGGCCGGCUGCAGGCAAUCAACGAGAGCAAGAUGGAGGUGGACCAACAGCAACAAUCAUCAUCCGGUUCGUCGUCGUCUUCCUCGUCCAACGUGGCGUGUAGCGCACUGGUCAAGGGUGGCACUCUGCGAGGAAUUAUGAACGUCCACAAAUGGCCCUUCCUGCGUGCGGGUGGUCCAAAGAGUAAUCAGGACAUUGUGCGGAUCAUGAAAUCGAUGCAACCGCUGCUGCAGGAUGCAUUCCACAAGCGUUGUACGACGCGGCUAUGGGAUGCACCGUACACGAUACAGGGUCCACUCACGUGGAGACAGUUCCACCGUUUGGCUGGUCGAGGUACGGGCCAAUGCGAACCGCAACCAAUUCCUUCACUGAUCGUGGGUUACGAGAAAGAUUGGCUUUCGUUAGCGCCGUACGCGCUGCACUACUGGGACAAGCUGCUGCUCGAACCGUACUCCUAUCCGCGCGAUGUUGCGUACGUCGCCAUUGUUCCGGACAAUGAUUAUGUGGUGGCGAAGGUGCGUACGUACUUCAAGGAGCUUAGCACCACGUACGAAAUGUGCAAGCUGGGUCGACACACACCGAUCAAGGGCUGGGACGGGAUAUUGCGUGUGGGCAGUCAGCGUGUGCUAAAGGAAACGCAAAACUCCAACCUGGACGAAUGGUUCACGAAUAUGGGCGUCGAUCAGCAGCGCAAGAAUGGUUCGUCGUCGUCUUCCGGAUUGAACGAGCUGUUGCGACUGUACGCCCAAACGUGCCAGCAGCAGUUGGCACCGUAUCUGUCGAAGGUACCGUCCGACAAGAGUUUGCUAGAUCCACCGGAAAGUCAUCACCAUGCAUCAUCGUCGUCUUCGUCUUCGGCUUCGGUAUCGGGCGGUGCUUCGGGAUCGUCAUCGUUGAGCGGUGGUUCAAUGAAUCAACCGGGAGGAAAUUCUAUGGGACAAAACCGUGGCGAUGGUCCCGGACAAAGUCCAAUGCCACCGCCACCACCGAGCACACCGGAUUCAUCGCAACCCGGUGAUAAGGCUCCGAAUACACCUAAAUUUGAUCAUGACUCUGAAAAUCGUGAUCAGCUGAAUACCUCCUCCGCCAGUCCUGCCGAUGGCAUGCGAAUCGACGACGAUGGAAAAGAUCCACCACAUAUCGUGCUGUACAUCGUGGAACCGUUUACAUGCGGAAGCGAUUCACCAGACGUGGAACGGUUGGCGUGCCUUUCGUUGCUGCGCUGCUAUUCAAACAUUCUGAACGCAGUUCCGGAUUCGAUACGAAGCAAUAUCAGUGUACAAAUUAUCUCUCUCGAAAGCAUUCUCGAGCUCGGUCGUAAUCGGAAUCGAUUGCGUUUAAGCGAUCACAUGCGUUGUCUAGCGUUGAGUGUGUUCUCCCAGAGCCGCAAAUAUCUCGCACAUAUGAACACGGUUAAAAGCUUGACUGGAUUCGGCACGGCCGCAAAUGCGGAACAGUUUAUCAAGCGCAAGGACGACAAGAACCGUGUGCCGUACAGGCUGUACACACCGCCGUAUGUGCUGGCAAGGUCAUGCGAGAAGAGCGAAAACACGGAAUCGUUCGGUAAGACAAGUAUGAAGCAACAGUGCUCCAUCAUGUAUUGUAGCUACUGCUUGAGUGAGGAUCAGAGCUGGUUGCUAGCGGUGGCGACCGACGAUCGGGGCGAGUUUUUGGAAACGGUCACGAUCAACAUUGACAUUCCUAACCGGGGUCGUCGGAAGCGUGCCUCUGCACGCCGGUACGGGUUGCAGAAGUUGAUGGACUUCAUCCUAGGGCUAAUCUCACAGACGGUGCAACCAUGGCGUUUGGUUGUGGGCCGUAUCGGGCGCAUCGGGCACGGUGAGCUGAAGGGUUGGAGUUGGCUGCUGAGCAAACCGAACCUGCAGCGAGCGUCCAAGCAUCUGAAGGACAUUUGUGAGCAGUGUUCGCUGAUGCAUCCGAUCGCCGUACCGAGCAUACUGAGCGCGUGUCUGGUGACGCUCGAGCCGGAUUCCGAUCUGCGCGUCAUGUCCGAUCAGUUUACGCCGGACGAGCGGUUCAGCCAGCGGUCGAUGCAGUCACCGCUUUCGACGCCACAGGAUGCGACCUGCACACACAUACUGGUGUUCCCGACCAGUGCCAAAGCACAGUCUGCCCAGGCAUCGUUCAGUGUGAUUGGAGAGUUGGAUUUGGGCGAGGAUCUCAACAUGGUCAUCAUGGAUGGAGACGACGACGAUGAUGGUAUCAACAUGAUGGAUGUGUUCAAAUGCUGGGAUGAUUUACCGAUGCAGCAGAUCAACAUGCCACAUUCACGACCAGGCAGUCCUUCACAGUUUGAGGGCAACCAACAGAGCCCGGGCGAAAGUGGUUCGAAAGGUGCUGGAUCUCGUGAUGGCUACGGAUCACAGGAUUCGGAAGAGGUCGGAUUGGUGUUACAGCAACCGCUAGCCAUCGGGUACCUUGUAUCGACGGCCCCAACCGGACGUAUGCCGGAAUGGUUCUGGUCAUCCUGCCCGCACAUGGAGAACGUGUGUCCUGUGUUUUUGCGUACGGCACUGCACCUACACAGUCCCACCAUCCUGCAAAACACGGACGAUCCGUUACAGCAGAACCAAUCGUCUACCGAACAUCCGCUCGAUUCGAACAUUACGGCCGACGUGUUGCGGUAUGUGCUCGAGGGUUACAAUCUGCUUUCCUGGCUGGCGAUGGAUUCGAACACGCACGAUCGACUAUCCUGUUUGCCAAUACACGUGCAGGUGCUAAUGCAACUGUACCACAUGACAGCAGCCUUGGCGUAAAAGCAUUCCCAGUAAUGGUUCCAUCAUCAUCAAUACCCGGUACUUCGUUACUCAUCCAACAUCAAAUUGGUUACUUCAAUUCAACAUGCAACCUGGGAGAAUGUAUUAGUGUUGUACAGCACCAACUCACCAUCGCUUUCGAUCACUCUGCGGCCCCCUCUUGACCCCGACGGUCUUUAUCUGUCUGUGAUAUUAGAUAAAAGAAACGCAAACGAGCGAGAUUUUCGAAAGGAAUGCUCUUCCGCAACAUAUACUCUCCACACGCUCACGCAAUGCUGCGUGAAAGUAGGCAACACGAUUUGGCUGCAAAGGAAGAAAUUAUUCGAGAAAUGUGAAAGUGUUUUCUAAAAGACCAGCUUACAGGACAUUUUUUCUAUUGAACAUAUAUAUUUUUUUAAUUUGCUCUUUUGGGUAUUAACGAUUUUUUACGCACAUAACUAAAAUAGAAUCCUUGUUUGUAAUUGUGUAUUUUUUUCAAACUGAUCUGAUAGCUCAUCUUUGAAUGUGCAUAAAGUCAGUGAUCAAUAGCCACUUUCUAUCUACAAUGACUCAAACGUCGCAUGACGCUGAAUACAACUGUGUUUGUUUUUUUUUAAAUGGUAUUUAUUAUUUUGCUACAUUGUGUACAGUACAAUUGUUUUUUUUUUUACUACCAGCACAGACGAUUUAUUUUUCGAGCCAAUAGUCAUAACAAAAAAAAGCACGGUGAAGCAGUGCGAAUACAUCAUUUUACUUUUUUCAUUUGUUCCAUUUCUCAUAGAACACAAAUCGGUUUCAAACAAAAUGCGACCAUACGAAGCAUUUGUGCAAGCUUUCAUUAUGCAAACAAUUCGGAUAUUGUGCAACAUUAAAACGUGAUGUAAUAAACAAAUUGAAAUUAUAAGGAACCAUUGCCGGUCGUGACAUUCAUUAAGUGACCGUGAAGAUUCACUACUUUUCCGUGUUUCUUCCUGCGUGCAGCUGAAACACCGUUGAAGGAACAGCCAAAAAACAAACACUGAAGAAACUGCAACAUAAAUUUUAUGAAGCGUUUGCUAAUCAAUUUGAGCAAAUGGUAAAUGUCAAUUGCAACAGACACACACAGGCACGCACACUAUCGGGUUGAGCAGAACAUUAGGUUCUUCGGAAUAGUCAAUAUGGAAGGUACUCAUUUGAAUGUGAUGAAGAAGGAUGUUUAAACUGUACGGUCUCCGAGAAGCAUCUUGAUCUUGAAGCAUGAUCCGUGAUCGUGUAAGGCAAACAUACAAGUUCUGUUCGCAAAUAUUUUAAUCUAUCUUAAACUAGAUGGUGAGCGUGUGUGUGUGUGUGU